AUGAUCCCAAGUAUCCGUGGAUCUAACAUCGACUUAAAAUGCGAGAAGGAUGGAAAUGAAGCUCAUUUCGAUUUCAGCUCUCUCUCGUCUAUCAAGAAUGAAAUAGUAGACAAGUGGGGGAUCGAUCGAGAAUCGAAGUAUUCCAGUGAAGAAGAAGUACUUGGUCGAUAUUGGAAGCAAUUCGGAAGAUGUUCAAUUUUCUUCAAAGGAAUCGACAACGCGUUCAAGUUUUACAGUAAAUCACUCGAGUUGUUUGAUAAAUACAGCAUGGAUAAAAUUUUACAGCAAUCAAAUAUCACUCCUGGGGAAUAUUACACUUAUCGAGAAAUAUCCGAGGUCGUUUCGAAGAGUAUCGGUGGAAAGCAUAAGGAACCGGGCAAACAACUUUUGCGUAGCAUCGGAUUUUACAUGGAUAAAAAUUUCAAGCCGAUUGAUCCAACUGAUAUUGAAAGUCCGUUUGACGGAAAUUUUUACUGUGAUCCGGCUGCCUGGCAUCCGAAAACAGUUGAACAGUUUUAUCAUUACGAUGGACUUCAAAAUGGAGUCGACUAUCACGUGGAACUCAGCUUGCGAUACAAUUCUACGCACAACAAUUGGAUGGUUUACGAUAUCAUACCGCAGCUAGACAACGGAGCUGAAAUAUCAUGUUGGGAAUCAAACGGAGAAUUAGUGUUAGAAAAUAACUCACCUUCAGAUGGAUUGUCAAAGAAAGAGUCAUUUAAGAAAGUAGAUUUGACACCACCAGAAAAAUUGCAUUCCAUGGAAGGCCUAUGGUAUAAAUUUGGACUUUGCAUUCCCGAAAUUAACCAACUAAGCUAUCGUUCAAAAUACUUAGAGGAGGCAAUUAGGUUGUUCCAAAAGUAUAACGUGGAAGAUAUUCUCCGACAAAGCAACAUUACUCCAGGAAAAAAUUAUACUUAUCGAGAAAUUUCUGACGUUGUCUCCAAGGGCAUAGACGGAAAAAAACCUAUCGUCAAAUGCUUGUUAGAUAAAAAUAACCAUCUGUUAUUAGACAGAAUAACAAUAUUUUUUGACAAAUCAUUGAAUUUAAUUAAUCCAAUGAGGCGUCAUUAUCGUGGAAAGUGUCCAAGUUACCUACCAAUUGUCUAUCAAAAUUCAACAAGCGACCCUAAUUUCUACGGCAAUCUGAAAUUUUACGAUGAUCCUCUAAAUAAAUAUCCGACACUUAGAGAAGAUGAUAAUGGCUAUUACUAUCUAACUCAACAAGUCAACCCAGCUGAGUGUUAUCCUCCACUCGCUCUAGAAACAUGUCAUGAUCCUAAGUAUUCGUGGGUCAUUGAUUCAUUUAUCUUCGCUUUCAAAAGUAACAUAAACUUUACAUGUGAGCUGGGUGGAAUUGACCCUUGUGAUCAUGAAGGACAAUUCAACUUCACAUCUUUGUCGUCUAUAAGAUAUGAAAUAUUCGGAAAGUGGGGAAUCGGUAAAAUUCCACAGAAUUUCAGUGAAGAAGAAGUGCUUUGUCGAAGCUGGAGGCAACAAGAUGUAUGUACUCUUUACUUAAAAGGAAUCGACAGCGAGUUAAAGGUUUACAAAAAAUCGAUCGAGUUGUUUGAUAAAUACAACAUGGAUAAAAUUUUACGGCGCUCUAAUAUUCUUCCUGGGAAGAAUUAUACUUAUCAAGAAUUAUCUGAUGCCGGUUCGAAGGGUAUUAAUGGCAAGCCACUGAUAUUUUCAUGCCGUCCAUCAUUAACUAACGAACCAGCCAAACAAAUUUUGUUUGGAAUCGGAUUUUUUAUGGAUAAAAAUUUCAAGCCUACUGAUCCAACUGAUUUAGAAAUUCUUUCUGAAGGAUAUUCUAUCUGUAGACGUGAUGGACAGAUUUUUUAUCAGGGCUUUAAGGAUUAUGUGGAGGAAUUACGGCAAUAUAAAUCGAUGAUUGGAGAAAUUUAG